AUGGCUCCUGAGCCAGCUCUCGACGCCGUCAAAGCUGAGGAUUCUGUUUCAGUCUCAAUCAUUCAGACCGAAGACGACCGUCCCGUUGUCCCAAUGACCUGGAGACUUGGUUCCGUGCUUCUUAUCUGUCUCAUCAGCUUCGGAGCGUCUUGGUCUGCUCGUUUAACAUCCUCACUCAAGAGCACCAUUAAGAAGGAACUGGACAUCAACAACACACAAUUCGCACUGCUUGAAGCAAGCGAAGAGUUCUUGGUUACACUAUUGAUGAUGGCCUCUGGCAUUCUGACGGACCGCAUCGGCGGUGCUGGUGCCAUGCUCUAUGGAAACUUAAUCAUGACGGCGGGGGCUCUUGUUAUCGCGGGUGCAGCGACAUGCAGGUCCUUCCCGCUCAUGAUAUUUGGUAAAGUCACCGCUGCGCUAGGUGACAUUGCUACCCAGAUCGCGUACUACAGAGUAUUCGCGGGAUGGUUUGCACCUGGUGGAGGCUUUGGUACGACUAUAGGUCUCCAAAUCGGUAUCGCAAGGAUUGGGGGCUUUGUUGGAAGCUCUACGGCCAACGUCAUUUCCAAGAAUACCGGAAACUUCGCUUGGGUCUUCUGGAUCGGCGCAUGCGUUGCCUUCUUCACGAACCUGUGUACCCUCGUCUUCUUCGUCUUCACUAAGAUCGCACAUAAGCGCUUUCGCCCCCCUCCUGAUCCCGCAACUGGUGAGCCGUUGGCCGAGAAGAACAAGACGUUUGACCUUAACAAGAUCAUCCAAUUGCCGUGGGUCUUCUGGACCAUCAUGCUUUUCUCGAUGGUUCAGACCAGUUGCUCCAAUAUCUAUUCUCAAAAUGCUACUGAACUCGCUGAGCAUCGUUUUGGAGUGGAUGCUGUGGCGGCUGGUUGGUACGCUUCUUUGUCGCAAUAUGCUGGCUUUUUCCUCAGUCCUUUGAUCGGAGCAGUCAUCGACACUUACGGCCACCGUGUAACGCAAAUGGCUAUCUGUGGCACUGGUAUGCUACUAUCGAUGGGCCUCAUCAACUGGAGCAGUACAACCAGCGGCGCGGCGGCUUCCUAUGCCUUUUACGCCAUUUUCAAGACAUUCGGUCCCGUGACGAUUAUCGAGGGUAUUCGAACGAGUAUGUGGCAUCAAGAUGUUUUUGGUACUGCGUAUGCUGCCAAGGUGACAAUGAAUAACGCUACCAACAUCAUCAUUCGUAUCAUCACUGGUGUCAUCCAAGACGCCGAUGACGGUUCUUACGACCGAGUCACAAUUGUAUACGUCUUCCUCGCCACAGCCUCCACCGUUAUAUCAUUAGCAAUGCUGCUCGGCACUUUCUGGGCUCCUGACCUACGAAUCCUGCAAUUCUCACGAAAGCAAAGAAUAUUACGUGGAGACAUAAUUAAUGAGCGAAAGUCAAAGAGUCAAGGGCCUAGUGGCAAGAAAGCGAGAAUGAUUAGCAAGGUCUGUUUCGUGGCGCUGUUUGUGUAUGUGUUGGGAAGCUGGGCGGCUUGGAUUUGGGGAGCUGCAACGGGUCAUAAUUAA